CAUGAUGGCAUAAUACCGCCAUAAAACUCACGAAGAACAACACCCUCACCUGCCAAAGCGGCGCCGAGAGAGAGGAAGGGAUGGGUAGUUUGAGCUAUUCCUCCGAAGAGGAAUUCCCUGUUUCGAUCCCUAAUCCAAACCCUGACCCUAAGAGGGCUAAGAGGAAGAAGAAGAAGAAGAUUUGGAGGAGAGCGGAAGAAGAGAUGGAGGAGAUGGGGUUGGAAGAGGCGUGGCCGCGGAGGAGCCGGCCCGGCGGGGGAGUCACGCUCGAGGGGUACGUGGAGGGGGCAGAUCGGGGCCCGGACGGUGCCGACGGGGUUGGGAGGACGAGGAGCCUCACCGACGACGACCUGGAGGAGCUCAAGGGGUGCUUGGACCUGGGUUUCGGCUUCAGCUACGAGGAGAUCCCCGAGCUCUGCGGCACGCUGCCGGCCUUGGAGCUCUGCUACUCGAUGAGCAGGUCGUUGGAGGCGGCUGGCGAACCGUCCGUGGCGGCGGAGCCGUGCGCUACGCCUCCGGUCGCCAAUUGGAAGAUCUCCAGUCCCGGUGACCAUCCCGAAGAAGUUAAAGCAAGACUGAAGUAUUGGGCCCAAGCAGUGGCAUGCACUGUCAGAUUAUGCAGCUGAUGGAGACGGUCCAUGUAGAUCCAACAGCCAGUGGUGCUAUGUCUCAACACGGCGAAUUAUUCUCUGCCAUAUGUUGCCCGAGAUGCUCUGCAACACUCUCUCAGUGGCACAGCAAGGCUCGAAUGCGAUGUGGCUGCUGAAGCAGAGGCACAGAGAAAGUGUUCCUGAAAUCUGAGAUCACUAAUAAUAUCUUGUCUUGUAGUAUGUAUGAUCUUUCUGCAUCAGGAAUAAUUGCAGUUUUGCUACA